UCUGUCUUGCCUUAUACUAUUCGCUCUUGCCACAGAACAAUUCACUGGCUGUUUUCCUUCUCCUGCAAUCAUGAGGAUCACCUUGGUGAUUGUCGCUACGGCGAUGCUCUUCCUGACUUGCACGCAUGGAGACAUACAACCUCAGAAAAACUUUGAUGCUAAAAGGUUUGCAGGGAAAUGGUAUCGCGUUGGACUGGCCUAUGAUGCUCCAAGCUUUGUGCCAUAUAGAAGCAGAUUGACUAUCUCAAUGGGAAUUGUGGAACCACUGCCCAAUGGAAACGUCAACAUGACAAUGUGGAGAAUCAUGUCGUCUGGCUGCAAGAGUAAGCUGUACGUGUAUGAGAAGACUGCCGUACCUGGCGUGUUCACCUACUACAGCACACGCCACAAAAGAGUGAAGGACAUCACUGUGGUGGAGACCAACUAUAGUGAAUAUGCCCUGGUUUUAAAACACAAGAAGAUGAACAGGGAAUACACACAGGUGUCUCUCUACGGUCGUACACAGAGGUUAAGAGCAGAGUUAAUUGAAAAGUUUCGUGAGUUCGCCCAGUCACGUGGUUUUCCCAAGGAAUCCAUCAUGACCCCCCCACCUGCAGAAAACUGUCCACCUUCAGGGCGCUAGUGCCUGGACUUCUGCUGAGCACCAUGAAUACCAGCUGUGCCCCCAGCAUCAACCCAUUGCACUUACGCUCGCUCACACACACACACACACACACACACACAGAUGUGUUUGCAGGGUGUCACAGCACUUUCUCACAUUUUUCUAUGCACCACUUAUACACAGUGUUUACUGUUCAGACUCCCUAUGAAACCCUAUGGUAUUUACUAAUAACUUCAGACACACACUUACACAUACUGCCUCUGCCAAUCUGUUUGUUCUGGAUUUAUCUGCUUUGAUUAAAUGAUUUGAUUUUUUUC